AUGGCCUUCUCUCAUUGCGUUUGGCUGCUGCGUCUCUUCUUAACAUCUGCACUUUUUCAUGCUUCCUUCAUAUCGUCCCAACGCCUGGGAUUAGGAUACUCAUCUCCCUCACCCGAAAGUAACCACACUCUCCUCCUCUCUCCCGAUGCCACAUUUUCUGCUGGCUUUCAUCGUGUUGGUACAAACGCCUAUGGUUUCGCUGUAUGGUACUCUAAUACACCCACACUUGUGUGGAUGGCCAACAGAGAUCAACCCGUUAACGGGAAGAAUUCUCGUCUCCGCCUUCAAAAAGAUGGGGACUUGGUCCUAUUCAAUGCAGAUGGAACAGUUAUAUGGAGGACUGGAACCACAGGUCUCUCUGUCAAAGAAGCUGCUCUUCUUAACACAGGAAAUCUUUUGCUUCGCAGCUCUUCUUCUGGUAAAGUAGUUUGGCAAAGCUUUGAUUCUCCUACUGAUACGCUCCUUCCAGGCCAGAGGUUCUCUAACAACGCACAGCUGAUAUCCAGAAUGGGUAAUUUCACAUACAAAUCUGGCUACUAUCGUUUCUACUUCAACGAUGAGAACUAUCUGGUCCUCCUUUAUAAAGGUUCCAAUCUCUCCAGUAAGUAUUGGCCUACACCUUACCUGAAUGCAUUUGAUAAUGGAAGAACCACUUAUAACAUUAGUCUCUUAGCAGUUCUUGACGAAUUCGGUGGGUUCAGUUCUAGCGACCAGUUCAGUUUUAAUGCCUCGGACUAUGGAAAAGGCCCCAAAAGAAGAUUGGUCAUGGACGUGGACGGCAAUCUGAGAUUAUAUAGCUUGGACGAGAAGCGUAACAGCUGGAUUAUCACCUGGACGGCAAUUGCCAAUCAGUGCACAGUUCAUGGUUUAUGUGGACGCAACGGUGUGUGCGUAUAUACACCAGAACCCAAGUGUGUGUGUCCCCCGGGUUAUGAAAGGUCAGAUUCAAGUGAUUGGUUCAAGGGUUGCCGGCUGAUUACGAAAUUCUCAUGCGGACCGAAUAGUUUUAAGUUGAUUAAGCUUCUCUACACAGAUUUUUAUGGUUUUGACCGUCCGCAUACAGAUGGGGUGUCGUUUGAAAAGUGCAGGGAAACUUGUAUAAAUGAAUGCGAUUGUCCAGGCUUUGCUUACAGUUCAACAGGGGCAGGACAAUGUUAUCCGAAGUCUCUACUUAUCAAUGGGCAUCAGUCUCCCGGGGUUACCAACCACAUGUAUAUAAAAAUAUCUGUGAACGAUUCCUCAGCUACUAACGUCUCAUCUUUGUCGACUUUGUUGCACUCUGACACACUGCAAUGUUCGAAAUUGCCCAUUGCACCCAACCCUGCGGUCCAAUCAAACAUCAGCGUGCCCAUUGCCGCAACGAAGAGAACAAGAAACCAGACGAUUAUUCUGAUGGCAUCUUUUGUUUCUGCUAUUGGGGUCAUAGAGAUUGUUUGCAUAGCACUAGGAUGGUGGUUUAGCUUCAGAAACUUCAACGAUGCCAAGCUCUACAGUCGCCAAGGCUACUUUGCGGUUCCCACGGGGCUUAAGAGAUUUACAUUUGGACAACUAAGAGAAGCGACUAGCAAUUUCAAAGACAUCGUGGGAAAAGGAGGGUUUGGGACCGUUUAUAAAGGCUGCCUUCUCCCCGAAAACAAAGUCGUGGCAGUGAAGCAAUUGGAAGGAGUUUCUCAUGGCGAAGAUGAAUUCUGGGCAGAAGUUAGUAUGAUUGGCAGAGUAAAUCACAUCAACUUGGUUCGCAUGUUUGGGUUUUGUGCAGAGGGAAAGCACAGGCUUCUGGUUUAUGAGUAUGUGGAGAAUGGGUCUCUGGAUAAGCACAUCUUCACCCAGAACAGUUCAAAGGUCUUGGACUGGAAGAAGCGGCUUCAAAUUGCUGUGGGCACGGCCAAAGGGUUGGCUUAUCUGCACGAAGAAUGUCUGGAAUGGAUUCUGCACUGUGACGUGAAACCCCAGAAUAUUCUUCUGGACGAACAGUUUCAAGCCAAAGUCUCAGACUUUGGGCUGUCGAAGCUUGUGGAGAGUGGUCAGGACAGAGAUGGCGCUCUCACCUUCUCCACAAUUCGAGGGACUCGAGGGUAUUUGGCACCCGAGUGGACAAUGAAUCUUCCCAUCACAGCAAAGGCAGAUGUUUAUAGUUUUGGCAUUCUUCUGUUGGAAUUAGUAAGCGGGCGAGAAGCUGCGAAAUUUAAUAUGGGCGGGUCUGGGCUUAAUUUUGUGCAGUGGGCGUUUGAGAAUGUGAGAGCAGGAAAAUGGAUUUACAAUGUGGUGGAUGCAGGUGCAGGUGAGUUGACGUGUGAGGAGGAAUUUGAAGUAGAAAGAGUUGUGAAGAUUGCACUGGUAUGCGUGGAGCAUGAGAGGGAUUACAGGCCCAGCAUGAGUGAGGUUGUGGAAAUGUUAACGGGAGCAGGAUCCAUACCCAUACGUCGACGGCUGGAUAGGGAAGAUAAUGAUGUCGAGAGGUGA